GCCUAAAGAGCUCAACUCAUCAUCAUGUUUCGUUUCUGUGGCUCGCUAUUAGUUCUAUCGAUUGUGGUGGCCUCCGUCUCAUCGGAGGUGAUUAAUUAUCAUGUGUGUGCGGAUAGUGCGGAUGACUGUAGUAUUGAUCAAGUGCGUGUGACUCCUUGUCCACAGGCAGCUCAGAGGGCUGCCUGUCACAUUCAUCGUCGUCGUCCCGCCCAGAUGAGUUUCGAUUUCACACCCAAAUUCGAUGCUGACAAUUUGGUAGCCACUCUGGGAUGGGUUAAGAGCGAGACUGUUGAACUGCCUCUGGUCACUUUGGAGCGAGAUGGCUGCAAAUCUGCCACCUGUCCAGUGAGGAAUGGAGUAACAAAUACCUAUACAAUUGAUGUACCAAUUGAGGCUAAGUUUCCUCUCAGUUCGUAUACUAUUCGUUGGGCUCUCAGGGAUCCGGUGAGCCAGAAACGCUGCUGCUUUACCAUUGACAUCAAGGUGGUACGCUAACUUAUGGCGGCCAGUGUCGAUGUCUCUUUAUGCGAAUCAAGCAAUAAAAUUAUAUUUCUGUUAACAA